AUUAUAGUUUUGUCGUCGUCGAUUCGGUUCAAGAUAUGCAAAACGUACAAAAGAAAAUUGUAGACCUUUAUGUUCCUAGAAAAUGUGCUGCUUCCAACCGCAUAAUCACGGCAAAGGACCAUGCUUCCGUCCAAAUAUCUAUCGCUCAAGUCGAUGCGGAAGGUCGAGUAACAGGAGAAACAACGACAUUUGCUUUAAGUGGCUUUACUAGAACCAAGGGUUUGUCCGAUUCAGCUGUCAACCAAAUCUGUGAAGAAAAAG